AUGAGAAGGAUUGUCUUCGGUAGUGCUUUUGUCUUAUUCUGCCUCUUAGGUGAUGUUGGAGGUGUGAUUUGUAGAUCAUGCAACCUUUCAAUCCCCUUCCAUGGAUGUCUUUUAGACUUUGGAACCUGCAAAACAAAACCUGGCCAGUACUGUAUAAAAGAGGUCAACACUAAAGGUGGAAUUCACUGGUUUUCAGUUAAAGGCUGCACAGAGAGCCACGAGGAGUGCUUCAAGAGAAUUGUGACGCAUUAUAAUACUCGGUCUACUCACUGCUGUUAUCUCCCUUUGUGCAAUUUCUGA